UCUGUAAAGUCGCAUGGACGUAUAGGGUGCAUGGUGGGACUGUUGCUAUAAAAUCCUGGGAAAAUCGAGAUACAGCUUCUUCGGUAUUGUAAGCUACAUGGAAACACUUGGAAGAUUCGUUAGUAUUUGGGCGGUUCUGUUUUUCUGCGGCGUCCCGUUUUGCAGCUAUGGAAACUUUCUUUCUAAGGAUUUUGGAGAAAAAUUGGACAUUCUGUCUAAGAUAGUCAAUUACAUUCGCCAAAGGCCUCGUCAAAUGAAUGCCGAUGUUACCUUAUCUCUAACGAUCGUCGAAGGUAAAGAUUUGAAAUCUACGAGUUUAACGAGUACUAAAACCUUAAACAAAAUGCUUCCGUUAUUCUUUCGUACAGCUAACACGAUUGCUAUCUUUUUGCAUGAAAAUGCGCGUCAUCUUGUGGAUAAACAUCGAAACAUUCUUCUGACGAUUUUAAGAUCGUGCGAUUCUGCUCGACGAGAUUUGUUAGAUAAAGUCAUUCCAGAGAACGAGGACGUCCAGUUACUGCACGAAAGCAUAAAUUAUCCAAUUUUAUGGCUGAAAGAAAUAUCAUGGCGUCAUGGCGCUCUAAAAAAGGGCAAGACCAAUUUUAAAUUAAAUUAUCGGGGCAUACGAAAACUGAUAAUGCAAGGACCGCCCAAGGAGGGAGAAAGCGAUCGAUGUCUUGCCGAAAUCGUUCGGAACAAAUUGAAUUCCAGCGAUAGAAUUCCUGAUUUGUGCGCGGAGAUAUUGGCAAAUCGAGAAUCUAGCAGAGGAUACCCUCUUACUCAUAGAUUAUUGAUUGUUCAAAUUGCUAAGAUAUUGAAAUGCGAUCGAGGUCUUCCAUCUUCGGAAUUAAUACUAUCUUACUGUUCCGCGAUCCUCGAAGAUCUGAUCGAUAUCGAAACAGCUGGAUUUCCUUAUCAAACGCCAGAUUUAAUGAUGGAACAAGUUGUUCUAUGCGGCAUGGAAGGAUUCCUGGAAUUCACUGGCAAGCACUAUGAACGAUUAGUGCUGCGUUGGUCUCAUCCCAGCGGCUGUUUUAGUUCAUUUGGAUAUAAAUUUGCCAGUAACGAGAUACGCGUGUCGCGAAGAACCUCUAAGCAAACGGACUUUGGUUGCGAUAGCCACGCUACUGGUCUAGCCGCUGCUACGCUUUCUUUAUUUGUUCGCGAGAAUCUGGAAAACGCUCGAUGGUAAACGCUCGAGCCGCCCGACGAAUGAUCGCCUGCAUAACACGUACGCGGAUACGGCGCAUCGAUAAAGGCGUAACGAACCAAAGAAGAAUCUGGAAACGAUGGAAAGGAAGAUAACGAGAUAAGGAAGAGGAAGAAGAAGUUACAAACAAAGAAUAAUUUAUUUCUCAUAGUCCGUAACAAUAGUUACAUAUGCUAGAAUCUCUAUAUACGAUGGAAAGACGAGUAGAAUAGAGUAAAAGUGGGAGCAGGGGAAAUAAAUAGUCAGUCGUUAACCUUGCGUAGGAGAGACUGGUUCUCGCGGUGUGGUAACGCGUAUAUUUUUGCAUAUGCUUAACAUUUUCUUCAUCCUUGAAAAUGGAAUCUAUUCUCGUCCACGGCGGGGAUCAGCCUCGCCUUUUUGAUAUCGCGUUCUGGCAAGCCGGCAGUGUCGGUUUCCUAACAGAAAACGUGUCUCUCCCUCGCGAUUUCUCUUGAAACCCGCGAGCUUGCACCCUCGAUCGAUGUCCGCUUUUCUCUUCAAUAUUCGAUAUGUUCGAUCGUAUUAGUCGAUUUUUCAAGGCUCAUAUAAGUCGUUGAAGCGAAUUUUUUAUUAGAUUUUGAGACACAGUUCUUCAAAAA